AACAAGGAUCAGGCCACAGCGUCUUGACAAACCGGCACCAUGAAGCCGGAGCAGCAUGUCUCCGUUUGUGUCCUGCUGAUACUUUCUGUGACAUGGAGCGCAAAUGGAGGGAACAUUUUGGUGUGGUUCACUGAAGGCAGCCACUGGAUUAACAUGAAGCCUGUGCUGGAGACGUUGGUCGACAGGGGACACCAGGUGAAGGUGCUGGUGCCGAGCACGUCCAUGUUCAUGAACUCUAGUGAACCUUCUCGCUUUGGCUAUGAACCCUUUAACGUCUCCGUCUCAAUAGAGACCAUGGAAGAGUUUUUUGAAGAAUAUCUUCGCUUCUCAAUGUAUGAGAUGGAUCAUAUGAGCUACGUUCAGCUUUACAUCAAAUACAUGGAUCUAAUGAGAAUCGACCUGCAGUAUACUUUGAAGUUCGCGGACGGUGUGCUGAAAUCAGAAACCAUUAUGAAAAAGUUGAAGGACGGAAAAUAUGACCUUCUCUUGGUUGACCCCAUUUACCCCGGUGGUGACUUAUUAGCAGAGCUUUUGGGCAUCCCCCUGGUGUACUCUCUCCGCUUUUCCAUAGCCCACAACUGGGAGAGAUAUUGUGGUCAGCUCCCUGCUCCUCCCUCCUUUGUCCCUGGAGCUAUGAGCAAACUGACCGACAAGAUGGACUUCUCAGAGAGAGUGUGGAACUUCCUCUUCUACGCUUUGCAAGACAUUGUGAUAGGUAACGUUUUUUGGAAAGAACUCGAUAAAUACUACUCCGAAGUCAAAGGAACACCCACCAGUGCCUGUGAGACAAUGGGUAGAGCAGAUAUCUGGUUGAUGCGAACCUACUGGGAUUUUGAUUUCCCUCGUCCUUUCCUUCCCAACUUCAAAUUUGUUGGUGGAAUCCACUGCAGACCGGCUAAACCUUUACCAGAGGAUAUGGAGGAGUUUGUGCAGAGUUCUGGUGAUGCUGGCAUUGUGGUCUUCACUUUGGGAUCAUUCAUCAAGAACAUUACUACAGAGAAGGGAAACAUGAUCGCCUCAGCCCUCGCUCAGAUCCCACAAAAGGUGCUGUGGAGAUACAGUGGAGAAAAACCAGCAACUCUGGGUGCCAACACCAGAAUAUACAACUGGAUCCCUCAGAAUGACCUGCUGGGUCACCCCAAGACCAGAGCUUUCAUCACCCAUGGUGGCACAAAUGGGAUUUAUGAGGCCAUCUACCACGGUGUUCCCAUGGUGGGCCUCCCUCAGUUCGCUGACCAGCCAGACAACAUGGUCCAUAUGAAAGCUAAAGGAGCUGCCAUAAUCGCGGACUUAAACUUCAUGAAGACUGAGGAACUUAGAGAUGCAUUCAAUACUGUAAUCAAUGAUAAAUCGUACAAGGAGAAUGCCAUUAGGCUGUCCAGUAUCUUCCACGACAGACCAAUUAAUCCUCGGGAUGAGGCGGUGUUCUGGAUCGAGUUCACCAUGAGAAACAAAGGAGCAAAGCACCUGAGGGUCCAGGCCCAUGAACUCACCUGGUACCAGUAUCACAGCCUGGAUGUCUUGGCUUUCCUCCUCGCCAUUGCUCUGUUCGUCAUACUCCUCUUCAUCAAAACCUGCAGUUACUGCUUCCGUAGGUGCUGUGGCAGAAAGGGAAAGACAAAGAGGAAGGCGGAGUAAACGACUGAUUUGAAAUGUAGCUGGUAAAAAAGGAAAUGGUCAUGGCAUAAACAUGGGUUCACUAGUAUCUUUUUAUGUUCCACAAUGGAUUUAUUUGUGGCUUAAGAAGAAUAAUUAAGACAUCAGAAAUUAAAGCAAUACAUUGAAAAGAGUAAAACAAUUCAAAUCAGUUUUAAGCAUAGUAAUGAAACUCCUAUGUGCCAUGUGUUGAUCUAUACCACACGUGUCAAACUCAAGACCCGGGGACCAAAUCCGGCCCGUGGUGGAUUUAAUUUCGGCCCGCAGGAUAAUUUCUAAUUACUAUUAGAUCUGGCCCGCCGGUAUAUUGCACGCACACCUUCACUCAAUCCUGAGGGUUUCCUCAGCUCGACCCCCAAACGUUGAUGAACCUGCACCCAAGAUGAGAUGCCAAGUAUCUGGCUUGAACUAGAGCAACAAACUGAGUUUCAAUGGAUGUUUCCUUCUGCACUUUUUCUCUCACGACAACAGGGCAUGUCUGGUUUUUUCUUUGAGGGAAAUAGUUUUGUUGAAGCUGUUGUUGGCCUGUGGAAAAAUGUAAUCAUAAGAAAUG